AUGGGCGCCCUCCUGCUCUUCCUCUGCCUCCUGGCGCCGUUCGUGCUCGCCUGCGCUGCCCGCGGCAGGAGGCGGCGGGCCGCCGCGCCGGCGUGCGGCAAGGCGCUGCCGCUGCCGCCGGGGUCCAUGGGGUGGCCGUACGUGGGCGAGACGUUCCAGCUCUACUCCUCCAAGAACCCCAACGUGUUCUUCGCCCGGAAGCAGAACCGGUACGGGCCCAUCUUCAAGACGCACAUCCUGGGGUGCCCCUGCGUGAUGGUGUCCAGCCCGGAGGCGGCGCGCUUCGUGCUCGUCACGCAGGCGCACCUCUUCAAGCCCACCUUCCCGGCCAGCAAGGAGCGCAUGCUGGGCCCGCAGGCCAUCUUCUUCCAGCAGGGCGACUACCACGCCCACCUCCGCCGCCUCGUCUCCCGGGCCUUUUCCCCGGAGGCCAUCCGCGCCUCCGUGCCGGCCAUCGAGGCCAUCGCGCUGCGCUCGCUCCGCUCCUGGGACGGACAGCUCGUCAACACCUUCCAGGAGAUGAAGCUGUACGCGCUGAAUGUGGCAUUGCUGUCCAUCUUCGGCGAGGAGGAGAUGCGCUACAUCGAGGAGCUGAAGCAGUGCUACCUGACCCUGGAGAAGGGGUACAACUCGAUGCCGGUGAACCUGCCGGGCACCCUGUUCCACAAGGCCAUGAAGGCCCGCAAGCGCCUGGGCGACAUCGUGGCCCACAUCAUCUCGGCGCGGCGCGAGCGGCAGCGCGGGAGCGACCUCCUGGCCUCCUUCCUGGACGACCGCGAGGCGCUCACCGACGCCCAGAUCGCCGACAACGUCAUCGGCGUCAUCUUCGCCGCCCGCGACACCACCGCCAGCGUCCUCACCUGGAUGGUCAAGUUCCUCGGCGACCACCCCUCGGUGCUCAAGGCCGUCAUCGACGAGCAGGAGGAGAUCGCGCGGUCCAAGCGCUCCCCCGACGCGCCCCUGACGUGGGCGGACACCCGGCGGAUGCGCAUGACGAGCCGUGUGAUCCAGGAGACGAUGCGGGUGGCGUCCAUCCUGUCCUUCACCUUCCGGGAGGCCGUGGAGGACGUGGAGUACCAAGGGUACCUGAUCCCCAAGGGCUGGAAGGUGCUGCCCCUGUUCCGGAACAUCCACCACAGCCCCGACCACUUCCCCUGCCCGGAGAAGUUCGACCCCUCCCGAUUCGAGGUGGCGCCCAAGCCCAAUACGUUCAUGCCCUUCGGCAACGGGACCCACUCGUGCCCGGGCAACGAGCUUGCCAAGCUGGAGAUGCUCGUGCUCUUCCACCACCUCGCCACCAAGUACAGGUGGUCCACCUCCAAGUCCGAGAGCGGCGUGCAGUUCGGCCCCUUCGCGCUGCCGCUCAACGGCCUGCCCAUGACCUUCACCCGCAAGGACUGAGCCGGCCGACGCACGCACGGGGCCAGGCCAAAACCGACGGAGAUCCGAAAGCGGAUGGUGGUAUUGGUAUUGGUAUAUACUUCCACUAGCACUAAGCAAUACCUAGGCACGGCACGCGGAAACCGCUGCCGGAGCUGGGCGUCGGCCGCGGGCGGCGGUCGCCAUCGGACGGGACGGGCGGGCAUCGGAUCAGGCAUGGGAUCGGAGAAAGAUCACGCAAGAUAGCCCGUGUACAGAUUCUUCUUCAGCUCUCUCAGCUGGUAGGACCGGACCCCCAACAAGCCGGAAGAGGAGACCAAACACAAAGAUUAGGCGUAGCCGUGUAGGUGUCAGUCAGUCAGUCAGUCAGUGUUAAGCUAAGCUAAGCUAAGCUACUCCAGUAGGCAUCAGACGCCACAAAGAAGUGGCGCUGAAUUGUAAAACCAAACCCAUUUUGCUCUUCUUCUUAUUUUUCCCCCCCUUAGAUUUUUUUUUUAAAAGCCAGCCAGACAACACCCUAUAUAGGAGAAGAACAAGAAAACAAAAAAGAAGGGAGAAGAGAGGAGGCCCCUGAUUGGGAUUGUAAGCAAAGCUAGGUUGUCCGCCUGAAAGCAGGCUGGCAUCUAGGCCGAAUAAUCCAUGGACGGAUGGAUGGAUGGACGCAUCGCCGGAGUCAAAAGGGAACCACGUCGUCGUCCCGCAGCUAAGGCCCGGGACGGAGACACAACCUCUUGUAUUGUUUCGUCCAACGCAAGAGACAGUGACCGCUUUCGGAACAGCUACUGCUGGUACUAAUUUAA